UUUGAAAGAACUUCUCCAUUUAAACCCAAGAAAAGAUUCAUUCAAAAGCAGUCUAGGUUACACUUUUAAUUGGAAGUGAUUAUUUGACAGUGUACCAGUUGAAAACAUUCUGUAUUUUAACUGAUUAAUCCCAUAUUACAUAUUUCUUUCCAGGAACCUUCAAAAGAAAUUAUUGGAAAAUGAUUAGACGUUACAAAUCCAUAAAAUAAUCCAUCAAAAGUUGUUUUUUUUGAGAGCUGUUCACUCCUCAUAAUCCAAAAUUUCUGCUGAAAAUGUCCAAAAUAAGACCUCAAAUUACAAAACCAUACAGGAUAAAACAAGUUACAGUUUUUGUUCCAUGUCCUAAUGUGUCUCUGAGCGCUCUGUGGACUUUAUAAAAGGCUUUUCUUUCUACCCUGGACUUGAUUUCAUAUUCACUUCCCUUCCUCUGAAAAGAAAACAGAGCCCUGACUGCUUAUAAGGGAUAUGAAGCCUUGUUUUUUUUUGUUUUUUUCUCCUUCUUCCCUUUUUUUUUUACAUUUAGCAAUGUGCAGCUGAAACAGAUACCGGUGACUAUCAACAGAGCUGAGACAAAUGUAAACCUGGAGGAUGCCGGACCUCAUCUCAUGCUCCUGCUGACCAUAUAAAGCUAAGUCUUGCCUUGACUGAUCGCAAACACACAAGACUUGCCAAAAAUGCAUUCACACGCACACACAAUCACUUGCAGGCUCACUCAUACCAAGUCACACUCGUUCCCUAAAGUGGUCACACACACCGUGUGAGUUUAAUUGCUUGCCUCUGGAGGGAAAAAAAACACAGCAUUGUUUCUAGCAGUCUCCCCCCUUCUCCUGGCUGUUACACAGGAAACAUUAACCUCUUCCUGCAUUAGCUGGUCACUCAUAUGAGCUGCUCUCUGACUCUUUUUUUACCCCCAAGAGGUCUGCUGUUAGUCAUCGGUGUCAGAAGAUAAAUGGUUAAAGGAAAGGCCAGGCUGUCAAUCAUGGAGAGAUAUAUUAGAUUGAGAUGUUGCUGAUGAUAAUGGUGUUUGAGGGUUGGUUUAUAUAGCUAUAAAGUAUUUAUUUUUUGUUGUCCUGGCACAUCCAGUUUGCUGCACAGGAGAGUACAGGAGAAGACCCUGCCCCCACAGCACAUUAUAAACUCCUACCUAACAAGAACAAUCUGUGUGCAGGCCGGAGAGCUCAGACACUCUGAGGGAAACUGAAGGGGGAGGUGAACAGAGGAAAGGCAGAAGGAGGGAUUUGUCCUCAUGGUUAACAACAUUUUUUUUUUUUUUUUUUGCACUAUCCAGACAAACCUCCAGCCUGAAAUCUGAAACUGCAGAAGUGGCGUGGCUCACUGAGCAUUCGCUACUCUUUGCUGUGCUCUGUCUCAGUUCACUUUUUCCAGACUAGUUUCACUCAUCCUCCAUCAGAGGUGAGUCCAACAGAGACACUUCUUCUGCUACUGUGGAUGAUCCUGAAGGGAAACGAUGCUGCCGAUGGCCCUCCAACAGAUUGGUGUGUGUGUGGUGUUUUGCAUCAGCAGCAGUUUGGCCACACCUAUACCUUUUUACAGUGCUCUGGAGGGAAGUACAGAUGAGGAAGAACUCAGUAACUUAACUUCCCCCAUGCCCACCAGCUACCCAUUCUCUGAGUACCAAACCACACCUGUUGGCCCCAACCAUGUCAAAACUGACUUUUUGAGUCAGGUUGUGAACUUUCUGGACCAGAACAUGCUCCUCAUCCUUGUUGCAGCCACUUUGAUUUUUCUUGUCUUCCUUAUUAUCUGUGGGGCAAUUUUCAUGAGCUGCAGGCGAAAGGUUAACGCCUACUACCCUUCCUCCUUCCCCUCAAAAAUGUAUGUGGACCACAGGGACAAAACCGGCGGCACUAAACCCUUUAAUGAAGUGCCAGAAAAGCCAGCUCCUGAGCAGGAAAGUGAGCCAGUGGACUCUCACAAGCAGCUCCAGGCCGACAUCAUGAGGGCUGCCAAGAGCCUGCGCACACCAAAUAAAUCUGUUGAGGCUGUGGAGGGAAAUGACCACAGUCAGAAAGCAGCAGACCACAGUCCUGAGGACAGCUCUAAACCAGAUGGCAGCAUCCUAGAUCAGCAGCUGCCACUACCAAGUCUCCCUGAGGAAAAGGAGCCAGGCGAGCUCCCUCACAGUGAAGCAGCUACCGCAGGAGGCAGCUCAGAGCUGAGUCCUCCGGAGCAGCUUCAUCCAGACGAAGAUGAUUCAGAGCAGCCUCAUCCAGACAAAGAUGACGCACAGGAGCCUUUGAUUGGCCGGAGUCUCCGGCCCUCCUCUCUGCAUAUUCACAAUGACUCUGCUACACUUCAGCUGAUCGCAGGAGAGAAAACUGCCUUCUAACCACUCUGAACGCUGUGUCCUGAGUUUAUUCUCUUGAAUCCAUCGUUGGCGAUUUGUCCAGUAAACCUCAAAUAAUCCCUAUGCAAGAAAGUGCACGUACAGCAGAGCUUUCCUCUAACUGGAUAUUAUGACAUUUUAUAAACAUGUCUCAUGCACUAAUGUCUGGUACAAAAAUAUUUCCUUUUAUGGGGUUAUUUUUCUUUGUUGUUGUUGUUGUCUGCUUUAAUCCUUGAGCAUUCCUGCAUAGCGGCCACUUCAGUAAACAUGUAGUGGUAUGGUCCCAGUUACCUUGUAUUUCUGUGCAAAAACAUUGAGCACUGACAGCCUUUCACAGAUGAGUUUUGGUUUUAUGUAAGCACAAUAAAAUUCAUAUAUUCUCAGUUCA